ACGAACUAGUCAGUAGCAUUAAUCAGAAAUAUGAAGACUUUAAUUUUAAUUUUCGUAGUUAGUGCUCUAAUUGAUUGUGCUUGGCUUGGUUGUACGGAUGAAUGCGGACCAAACGAAGUAAAAAAUACUUGUGCCUCAGCGUGCAAAGGUGAACCGACAUGUCAAGAUCGCAAUCCUACUAUUAAACCGGGAACAGCAUGCAUCACGCUCUGCGUAGAGAGAUGCGAAUGCGACGCCUCCAAAGGCUACAUCAGAUCGGGACCGAACGGCACUUGCAUCAAAAAGGAACAAUGUCGAACUACCAGAGAUGUGACAUGUCCUAAACAUCAAUCGUUAAUAUGCACUUCACCUUGCCACUUAACUCCAACUUGUCAACAAAGGAAUCCAAAACCGCCUCAAGGCAUAAGUUGUGGAGGUUUGUGCAUAAAAAAAUGCGAAUGCAACGCAGAAGAAGGUUAUAUAACAGAUGAAGUAUCCGAUACUUGCGUGAAAAUAAGCGAUUGUCCUAAGUAGAAAGUACCUACAUGUAUUUUAUGUUAAAUAUCGCUCAAUAAAGGUUUCAAAUAUAGCAUCAAUAUAA